UACCGCCGGUAACGGCUCCGGGCCGGCCCCACCAUGUUCCUCCUCCUCCCUCCGCCGCCGCCCCCAUGAGCCGCAAGAAAAGCGGCUUCGCCAUCACCAGCGUCCGCGGCGGCAGCGGGAACGCGCCCGGCGAUGCCUCCGGCGCCGCGACCGGUUCUUCGUCUUCCUCCUCCGGCAGCCCCAGCGGGUCCCGGUUCCGCCUCGUUCGCUUACUGUCGCCCGGGGAGGUGCUGCGGCGGGGCCGGUGGCUGUGCCGCGAUUUCUACGAGCGGGACGCGUCACCGCGGGGAGGCGGCGGCGGCGGCGCGGGGAGGGUCCCGGUGUCGCUGGACGCCCCCCGGGCCAUUCCCGCCCCGCACCAGCCCCGGUCCCUCGGGGCCUUCGCGCAGCUCGUGCAGCAGGCGCUGCCCCCCAAACCCCCUUCGCCACGCCCAGGGGGCGGAGCCGAGCUCAGCGUGCGCCUGGGAUUGGCUGGCGAGGAGAGCGAAGACGAGGGCGCUGGGAGCGGCAUCACCGCCAUCGACAACAAGAUUGAGAGGGCCAUGGACCUGGUGAAGUCCCACCUGCUGCUGGCGGUGCGGGAGGAGGUGGAGGCGCUGCGGGAGCAGAUCCGGGAGCUGAGCGAGCGGCGUGCGGCGCUGGAGAGGGAGAACCUCCUGCUCCGGGCACUCGCCACCCCACAGCAGCUCGCCCGCCUGCUGUCCCUGCAGCCCCCCGGGCCGCCCCCGGGGCCGCCCUGAGCUCGGGGGGCUCGCAGGAGGUUCUCAGGGGGCGGGCAGGGGGUUCACGCUCGCUGCACCACUGCUGCUUUAUUGGGAGGAAGGGAGGGAGUGACGCUGACCUCUCUCGCCCUUCCUGCGCUAUUUGGGGCCUUUUUUAAUAAACCCGCAAUUUUUACAGCA